AUGAAACAAUCAGAAGGCUUUGUCAUGCCUGGUAAUGAACAUAAGGACAUCCGAUUUGUUCACGUUUGGUUUAAACUCUCUAACAAGAAGCUCCUCAGCCUCUACGUGGCCGCGAUCGGCCUCUUCCUCCCUAUCGCCUACAUAUUCAAGGGUGAGUUCGAAGGGGAUAAGGAGGGGAUCAAGGCCGCCGCGCCGCACGUGUUCCUCCUGGCGAGCCAAGUCUUUGUGGAGGGGUUGUCGUUCUCCGGCGGAUUCUCGCUGCCGAUCCGCGUGUUUGUGCCGGUUUUCUACAAUUCGCGGCGGAUCUUCACGAUCGUGGGCUGGACGAGAGGCGAGAUCUGGAAGGCGGACGGGAGGUAUGAGGGGAGUGCGAGGAGGCUGUGUGUGGGGAGAGCUCUGGCGGUCGCCAACAUGGCGUUUUGGUGCUUCAAUUUGUUUGGGUUUUUGCUGCCUGUUUAUCUGCCCAAGGUCUUCAGGAUUUACUACCAAUCAUCUCACAUCAAACCUAAUUAAAUUCGGCCUCUUCUGUUUUCUUGGUAUACUUCCAUUUGAUUAGCAGAUUUUAUAAUUC